GGACAAGCUAACACGUCGCGCAACUUUCAAAAAUCGAUACGAACUUGUUACCAAUAUUAAUAAUUCAACGCUGUGUGUGUUUUAAUGUGAGCUUAAAGGAUUGUUCGAGGUUCGCUUCGUGUGUGACUUGACGCCCAUUAUUUCGAACUGAGAUCAUCAUACACCAAUAUUGACUGACAAUGGCCCUGUUUCUUGAACUUCUGACAGCAGAACCAACCCGAGCGCCCCCAAUCCUUACUGACACAUAUGUGUACAGUUAAAACUACCCUCAAAGAUGGUUGUAGUGUAGUGUAGUGCUAGUGAUAAAAUGAGCUUAUAAUUUUAGUGAAGAUGCCUUAUUACGGGUAUCGAGAAGGUUCGGACUCAAGUGGGGGAUGUUCUGAAUCAGAUGGAGGGGGUUCAGACUCUGAAGGGGGGCUUAGUACAGAGAGUACUGUGGGGGACGGUCUGCCGUUUCCUGGCUUCACGCCAGUUGCUCUGCGGUAUCUAACACAGGAUACGAGACCGAGGAGUUGGUGCCUGAAACUCAUCACCAAUCCAUGGUUUGAAAGAAUUUCAAUGCUCGUGAUCCUGUUGAACUGCAUAACACUUGGUAUGUACCAGCCAUGUGUCGACGACCAGUGUAUCACGAACAGAUGCAAGAUAUUACAGGUGUUCGACGACAUUAUUUUUGCGUUUUUCACAUUGGAAAUGACAAUCAAAAUGGUCGCAAUGGGAGUAUACGGCCAUGGAACUUAUCUAGCUGAUUCAUGGAAUCGUCUUGACUUUUUUAUUGUAUUCGCUGGGGCUCUGGAAUAUGCGCUGAAUGUGGAGAAUAUAAACUUGUCGGCGAUUAGAACAAUUCGAGUGCUUAGACCACUGAGAGCCAUCAAUCGGAUACCAAGUAUGCGUAUUCUGGUGAUGCUUCUACUGGACACUCUGCCGAUGCUAGGAAACGUUCUUCUCCUCUGUUUCUUUGUAUUCUUCAUAUUUGGCAUAGUUGGGGUUCAAUUGUGGGAAGGAAUCCUCAGACAGCGGUGUGAGCUAAUGCUUCCACCAAAUGUCCUUCGACCCAAAGACCUGUCUGAAUGGUACAGAGUGCGCGUCCGAAUAAAUUCUAUAUCGUUCUACUACGAAUUCUCCAAAGAGCUGGAUUAUAUUUGUACAACGCCGGAAGAUAGCGGGAUGCAUCUGUGCGGAAAUUUUCCACCUUACCGAUAUGGCGCUCUAGUAUGCAACGAAACAGCUAAGCAGUUCUCUUACAACACUCCAACCAACACGUCAUGCGUUAACUGGAACCAAUAUUAUACGAACUGUACUCAGCGAGGAUCUAAUCCAUUUCAAGGAACAAUUUCGUUCGAUAACAUCGGUCUUGCUUGGGUUGCCAUAUUUCUGGUGAUAUCAUUGGAAGGAUGGACAGACAUAAUGUAUUAUGUACAAGAUGCGCACAGUUUUUGGGAUUGGAUUUAUUUUGUGCUUCUGAUAGUCAUUGGAUCAUUUUUCAUGAUCAACCUAUGCCUGGUCGUAAUCGCUACUCAAUUUAGCGAGACGAAAAAACGUGAAAUGGAGCGAAUGCGUGCCGAACGUGCUCGUUUUACAUCAUCAUCCACAUUAGCAUCAUCCACAAACAACAGUGAGCCAGCCACGUGCUACGCUGAGAUUGUAAAAUACGUCGCACAUUUGUGGAGGAGGUUCAAACGGCGUAUGGCGAAAAAGAUUAGGGUAUAUCGAUAUCAAAAGGCUCAACUCAGAUGGAGGGCAAGUCGAGAAACAUUACAGUUACCAGCCAAUCGACCAAAACAACAUCAUCCACGAUGUCCGAAGAAUCAACCACAGGGUAAUGGGAAGACAGCUGCAGAUGAUGGGACGGAAGAGCCCAUUAGCAGGCCCAGUUUGUUACGAGUCCCUUCGUUAUCCGCCGCAGAUCUUGAGAAUGCUUCAAACCUCUCCUUAUUAUCACCACCAUCUUUGGUACGACGCCGAUCGUCAGUGAUGUUUAGCGACACAGUACUGCUGCAUACUCCAAACGCAACCCAUAAUUCACAUCCUAAUAACAUCUGUUCUUCUGAAAAGAUGACUCAAACUGAUUCAUUGUGUCAACGUGAAUGGCUCAAGAGCCAAAGUGAAUUCGACCUUCCAACCGGUGACUUGGCUGAAGAUCGAGCUGCUGCGGGAGGGACCAUGUCUUGUCAAGAACUAUUAGCACUAUCGGGUGCUCUCUCAGCUGCCUUACCAACAGGACAAGUUGCUUUGGAUUCUUUCUUUGAAGAGCUCACAAAAGGCAUCAGCAAAAGAACCGGAGACGAAAGGCUUGAUACAAAGAUCGUGGAGAUGGAAGAUUUCUCAUGCUGUGCUGAUCUAAUAGCGAUGGAUAUGGCAACAAAAGAGACUAAAAAGAGUCGAUUUUCUAUAACCGUUCAUUUAUUAUGGAAUCGAAUUUCAAAAUUUAUGUCCUUACUAAGGAAAUAUAUCAAGAUUGUUGCUAAUCACAAAUAUUUCCAGCAAGGUAUUUUGCUAGCAAUUUUGAUAAAUACUCUAUCGAUGGGAAUUGAGUAUCAUAAUCAACCGGAAGAAUUGACGGUUAUAGUCGAAAUAAGUAACGUUGUAUUUUCGGCUAUAUUUGCUGUUGAAAUGGUCUUUAAAAUUAUUUCUGAAGGUCCAUUUAGGUACAUAUCAAAUGGAUUCAAUGUUUUCGACGGUAUAAUUGUUAUUCUAAGCGCAUUUGAGCUAUCUCAAAGUUAUGGUAAUGAACAAGAUUUGGCUGGGAGUUCCGGAUUGUCUGUGUUGCGAACUUUCCGGCUUUUGAGGAUAUUGAAACUGGUACGCUUUAUGCCAAACCUAAGACGUCAGUUAUUUGUCAUGCUACGUACGAUGGACAACGUGGCAGUUUUCUUCUCAUUACUGGUUCUGUUCAUUUUUAUAUUCAGGUAUUGACACAGGAGGAUUGGAACGUGGUUUUGUUUAAUGG